UGCACUUUUGCACGAGCAGCAGCAGAACGUGGAUGAAGUGAUUCACUCACUGCAUGGAGGGAAAGACAGACAGAGAGAGAGGAGGGGGGGAGUGUUUACACCUCCGUACCAUUUCCUCUCUCAUCACUUUUUCUGUUGUCGACGUCUUGAUCUGAUUUGUGUCGCCCGUUCUCCUAAAGUUCUCUUCUGUUAUGGAUUUCACGACUGUUGUGACCGUCUCGGCUCUUUUACUCGUGGUCGUCGCUGCUGCUGCUGUGGGCGAAGCAGACGAAGCAGAACUGGAGCCAAACACCGGAAACACCACGACUGUCCCAACAAACAACAGCUACGACGACAGCACUCGACCGGAACCCAUCGAUUCCUCCCGCAGCAACAACGAGGAGCCACCCCGGCCGACGCCCGUCCUCGGCUUCCUCAGCGUCAGCUGGAAAAGUAGAUGUAAAGGACACCUGAUGUUCUACCAUGACUCAACCUCCUCACACGUCUGCCACGAAAGCAAGACGACCGUCCAGAGUCUUUCCGGCAACGUGUGUGAGAAAAGGAGAGGUUGUAAAGAUCUGCUGAGCUGGCACAACGGGAGCCACGAGGCCAACGGUUAUCACGUGUCAGAGGACGGCGUGCAGCUGAGGAGCAGUUGUGAGGUUCUGGAGGUGCGGUGUGAAGUUGAGACAGAUAAGGGCGUGGCAGAUGUUCACGGGCGGCAGCUGCAGGUCUACAAAGUGGUGACAGCUUUGCUCUGCUGUGUCCUGCUGGUGCUUUUACUGAUCCGCUUCACCAGACCCACGGUCAAAGCUCUGCAGAAGAGAUUGUCAGACAGGAGACAGAGCCGCUGGAUUGGACCCACACAGAGUCACAGUGUGUCUUACCAUCGAGGGAAGAGUGCUGUCAAAAACAACGACAAGGAGCAGAGGCUGUCCUACCCGGCUCUGGAGCGACUGACACUGAGCGACAGCAGAGAACCUUCGUCCAGCAGAAACAGUGUCUGCAUCUUCUGAUCAUCGUCAUCAUCCUAAUCAUACACGGGCAAAAAUGUAAAAUGUAUUU